AGGAAGAGUAGGAAGAGGAAGAGGAAGAGGAGGAAGAGGAGAGGCACAACCACAGUGGACCAUGAUGAAAAGUUCACAACCUGAAAACAACACAAAGGUUUUAGACAACAGCAGGCUGCUGUGCACAGUGUGUAACAGAGACUUCCGGAGCCUCCCGGCGCUGAACGGUCACAUGCGCUCUCACAGCUGCUUGAAGAAGGGCGAGGUUCCACCCGUCCGCCCCCCCGUGGCCGUGGUGAUGCCGGUGUCUGUGCCCGUCCAAUCCAGAGCGGCGUCCAGGGCGUGUCGGGGGGGACCGAGGAGAAGCGGUCGCUUGGUUCCAGCCACCGGAGGCGCUGUGCUCUACCGCAGCCUGUUGCACCUGGAGGAACAGGAAGUGGUCACUCGGGAGGUUGGAGGUCAUUACACCCCCCCGCCCAUGCUGUGUCCCAUCAGGGCCGGGCCGGGGCUGUACUGCUCCGUCACCACCAGGGGGCAGCGGAGAGCACAGACCCUUCAGCUUCACAGUUCAAACAAUGGACUCAGUGACCUUGUUGCCAUGGAGACACCAACGACAGAAAUCAAUAAGCCGAGGAUCAAUGUAGGGCGGGGCUUCCAGGCUGAAGUCCUGCCUCUAAGCAACCAUGAAUACGCCCACUCUGACUCCCAGAAUGCACUCUGGCUGCCGUGUGACGAGCUGGAGAAACCCGUCAAUCAACAGCGAGUCACGACUCUGCUGACGAUGGCUCGCUCCAGUGUGGUGCCAGGGGGCGGGGCCAGCCCAGAGCACGCCCUCCACGUCCUAUCACAGAGCGCAGGAGACUUUCUGCUGACGCUGGAGAAGCUCCUGUCGUCUCCCGAGUCCUCGGACCGACGCCACGCAGAUGUGGCGUGGAGCGCGGCCGAGACGACGGCGCUCGUCAAAUCUCUGCGGCUCCAUCGGAAAGACUUCAGCAGAGUUCAGAGAGCGGUUCAGACCAAGUCCGUGUCGCAGUGCGUGGAGUUUUAUUAUCGGUGGAAGAAGCAGCUGAGUCUGAGAGCGACGCCCCCUGCUGGGCUGAGCGUCACUCUGCCCGAGAGCAAAGGCCGACGCCCAUCAGACCAACAGCACGGAGACGACCUUGACCCUGAAUGACCUUCGGCUCUAGACAAGAGGAGGUGCUGAGGGCCACUUUCAGAUUGAAGAACAUUGUGUCAUCAAGUUUAAAACGUAAAGGUUAAAGGUCUGAGAUCAGUUUAGACCAAAUCUUGUGAAUAAUCAAUAAUAACCAGUUCAUUCCUGUAACCAUGGCGACUGGUAUGUGUUUACCACUGAGGAAAUGAGACUAAAACUAAUAAAAAGUCAACUUUGUAAA